GUCAUUUGGCGCCCAAUUCUUUUUGGUCGUGUGCGAGUUUGUGGAGUUUUUUGAAUCCUUCAUCUGCUCGUUCAUUGUCAACGACUCAUAUCUUGGGCCUUCUCAAAAGGUCUUUCUAUGGCAAGCAGUGAAGACAGUUAGUGUACUCUUCUCCCCUACGGUGAGUGUCUUGGAUGUUCGUCGUCGUCUUCUGUUGAAGAUGACGAGGUUAUUCACGUUACAACGCCUGCAUCACGGUACUGAGCAUAAUGUGUCCUUUGCAACGUCAUCUGGGCUCAAUCAGAUAUACUAACUCGACUUUUUGUACCAUUCCAUAGUUGAUUACCUACCAUACGACGUUAUUAAGAUUGAGGGACCAUGGCCUGUUCUAGGGGUAAAUCUGUGUUGAUGCAGAUGAGAAGGUCAUCUUCGCUUGGCACGAGCAGAGGAGUGGAAUUUGCAGCAUUCGACCGAUACAGUACCAUACGAGCCUUCUUUCGAAGUUCAUCAUCUCACGCAGCCUCACCCAUCCGAAGCAACGAGCAGCACAGGCUCCUACUUUCUAUCUCUGUGUCCUUCGCGCGGAAGACUUGCUGUAGACCUUUUCACCUCACUACACCGAGCCGUCAUGAAAGACCUCUUGGCGACAACUCGUCCAAACCGGUUGCCGACCAAGCUGCAGCACAUGAUCUUGAAAAAGAACACCCUCCUAUACCAGAGAAUGACCCACACCGCUUUGACAAUUAUCCACGUUUCUUUCGACGAUUGGCGAUGUCAAUACCUCACUUACACCGACCGACAAAGGAUGAUCUAUUGAACGCUGCAGGGGGUUUCUGGCAACGACUUCGUAUUCGUUUCAGGUGGAUAUUCCUGCGCUCAUUCAGGAGGUAUAACGUAGACGACAUUUCUGCCUUCGUGACAUGGUUCUUCAUGAGCCAAACCCUUUGGCUAUUCGUUGGAACUACAACAUUCUUUUCAGUGAUCUUCGCUUUUUUAAAUAGUCUGCGUCUCCAAGAAUAUGUUGCUCGUGCAAUCAGUGACUAUAUGACCGGCGAAACUGGUAUAACCAUCAUCUUCGAGUCUGCUAUCGUACCAAAAUGGAAGGACUCUCGGAUAUCUUUCAAAAACGUUUACGUCACCCGACGCCCCAAACGAAACCGCAUACGCUCAGACCGUAACGCAGACUAUAGUGUAGCUGCGGGCUACGAUUUGAGUAAUCAUCCUUCCUACCACAGAUUUGAAGACGAAGAGGAAGAAGCUAUGUCGGAUGAUUUGUCUGAGGAAGACACCAACUACUCUAUGUUCGACUUAAAUGUCGGUUCCAUUGAUGUUACACUGUCACUGGCUCGUUGGUUCCAAGGCAAAGGGCUCGUCACCGAUGCAGUCAUCAAGGGUGUUCGUGGCGUUCUAGAUCGUCGCUCUGUCCGUUGGGAUCCCGACCAUCCUGCCGACCCUGCCGCUUAUAGGCAUGUAAGCCAACCAGGCGACUUUGAGCUAGAGUCACUCCAACUGGAAGACGUUCUUGUCACUGUUUACCAGCCUGGGGACUUCCGGCCGUACACGGCCUCAAUUUUCCGGGCUGAUAUACGGACCUUCCGAAAACAAUGGCUUUUCUACGACUUCUUAUCCGCGGAGAACGUAGUUGGCCAAUUCGAUAAUUGUUUGUUCAGCUUGCACCGACCCCAAAGCAUAGGAAGAACAACAGAGCAGGAUUUAAAUGACGGCCAGUGGGCCCGAAUGUCUCGCUUCCGCAUCGACGGUGUGAACAUUGACCACCUCCAGGCGAUGACAACCCAGGAAGGCCCCAUAUCCUGGAUAACCUCAGGGAAAGUAGACGCAGUACUGGAUAUCAAGUUCCCUCGCGACCGCGACGAUGGCCUUCCGCUCAACGCUUUGAUCGGCGAGAUCGCAGACGCCAUAACGACUGCAGCGUCUUCUGCUGUGUCCGACCGUAUCCCGGGACAACGUGAACUUGCGAAACCCCCACUUAGCGCACCAUCAGACGAUUCCGACGUACAGGAAGAAGAUUCGCCAAAAGUUAUCAUAGACAUCGAUUUGAGAUUCAGGGAUUUGAAGGCUGCCGUGCCUAUAUUCACACAGGACCUUUCAUAUACCAACAAUGCUUUGAUUAGACCGAUCGUUGCUUUCAUGAAUGCUAACCGGACUCUGGUUCCCAUACACUGCCACGUUGUGAGGGAUCUCAGUGACUUCGAUGGAGCUUGGACGAUGUGGGAAACUGGCCUUAUGGACGCCAUCGCUGUGAAGGUCUAUGAAGCUAUGGCUUACCACGUCACCCAGGCCAAUUUCAAUAGACGGAUUAGAGCCGUCAGUUCGUGGAGUCUUCAAAUGACGGCAAGCGCCAUCCUUUCAACUCUACGUUCGAUUAUACACCCUAUGGCGACGCAUUUGAGACAUGUUUACCAAGAUGGUGUUCAUUUCGACCCUUCGAUCGCACUACCAGGACUUGCUCUCAAUGCUGCUUAAGUGCUGCCUGGAGACGAGCGAAGGAAUGAGACUGGCUAGUUGUGAUGUUGAUCUAUCAUACAUAUGCUUUGCAGGUAUUCAGGACAUUAGUGAAACCGUCCGAGGUGUGGAUCAGCAGGAUCCAACCCCAGUUCUCCCAUAUCUUUGGAUAUACACACCUCUCAGCUACGUAAUCGCGACUCGCAGUCGCCUAUCUAAGGCAUCAAGUAUAAGACUGUUAAUCAAUACCUGCAUGCCUUCAAAGCGACUUAGGGUAAUUGACCCCCUGGCUAUGCUAACCCAUGCACACCAUAGGCAUUUAGGGCGUUGGAAACCGACGAAAUUCAUCUUCAUGCCCAUAGUGGUUUAUCCCGCAAACAUGAUAUGGGAGGCACACAUCGAAAGACAAACAGCCAAAGUCAAACAGAGAACCAUCCUUACGCUAUCGUUAUCGCCGCUACCUGGUGGUGAACCGAUAGAAUCAGCUUCGCAAGCUGGAAGUGGUUUGUGCUAAAAACGAUAGCUCUCAUUUGGUCCCACAUCUUUGUCCUCUC